CUUUCCCCUCAUUCUCUCCCAAGUCUCUUCCUCUCUUGCUCUCUUUUCUUCCAUUUUCUGCUUCCACCACCCCCAAAAACCUUCAUCCCUUUGCAGAAAUAAGUGGUAGAUAAGUAGAAAGAAAAGGAUAUCAAGGAAAGGAAGAAGAAGGGAAACAAGGGGUGCUGCCAAUUUUCGUCCAGCAGCAGGACAGCUUGUGGAAAGGACGAUUAUGGACACUUGAGCCGUUGGAUCGUGCUGAUAUUCGGAGGUUUUGUUCCUUAUGUCAUUUUCUACGAUUGGACCGUUCGGAUCAUUGUUAUGAUCUCUGGUUCAUUUAGUAAGGUCGCUGGACAGGAGGGGUGCGACUUUGUUUUCCUGUAGCAGGGCAGCAGAUUAGAGGUCAGGAGCAAGUCGGGGGCUCAUCCAAAGGCAAGGGCAUUGCCGAGUGAAGAUAAAUCUAUAAAGAUCAGAAGUAAGGUCUCUACUGUAGAUAUUGGGACUCAAGCUUGAAGGGAAGCCAUGAGUCAAGGAGCAGAUCCGCAACCUCAUGGGAAUCCUAAUGCUGGGGGUUCUAAUUUUAAUGGGAAUAAUGCUGAGUCCCACAAUAGAGCCAAUCCUUAUGUCAAGGAUUUUGAAAAACUGAGGAAUAUGGGGGCUGAGUUCUUUAAAGGGGCUAUUGACCCUAAAGAUGCUCUGGACUGGAUCAAGGAGAUGGAACGAAUCUUUAACCUCCUUGAGUGUCCUGAUGAAGCAAGAGUGGAGUAUAUGUAAUACCUGCUCAGGUCUGAUGCUUAUGACUGGUGGUUGACCGUACCCGGAGCUCAGGAUCGUACAAUUCGGUAUACCUGGGCGGAAUUUCUUGAUAAAUUCCGUAAGCAAUAUGUGCCUGAUCUGUAUGUGGAUAGGAAGAAGAAAGAGUUUCUGGACCUGAAGCAGCAAAGGGGGCAGACUGUUAAAGAGUAUGAUGCCAUUUUCCAUCAUUUGAUGACCUUCGCGAUGGAGUUGGUACCUACUGAACGAGCUAGAUGCAACCGCUAUGAGCAAGGCCUGAAUCCCCAGAUCAAGAUGAUAGUAUCAAAAUCAGAGACGAAUGAUCUUGCCACCUUGAGAGAGGCUGCCAUGAGAGCAGAGGAUUUGGUGAAUGAAUUGGGAGCACAGAUGGCUGAAGGAGGGAAGAGAAAGUGGAAGAAUGUGGGUUCCUCGAGUGCUGGGAACUCAUUCGGGGGUAGACCUAAUCAGAGUCAGAAGGUUUCACGUCCAAUUGCCAGUUACCCCGGACAGGAGCGAAGAAGUGCUGGCCCAGCUCUGAUUUGCCCACAUUGCGGGAAUCAGCAUAUGGGUGUUUGUAGGAGGGUGACUGGUGGGUGUUUCCGAUGUGGAGACACUAGCCACUUUCUCCGCGAUUGUCCCCUCAUGUCAGAGUCCAGGCCUGCUGGAUCCCAGACUACAAUUCAAGGGUCCAGAAGGACUGGAGGUCCAAUGAGAGGAUUAGGAAGAGGUGGUAAUAAUCGUGGCAAAAGUCAGGGUGGACAGAGCAGUCGGGGUGAAGUGCAGCCACGAGCUUUUGCUAUGACUAGGAGGGAGGCUGACAUCUCCCCAGAGGUCGUUACUGGUACGGUUCUUAUCUAUGAUCUUACCGCUUAUGCGUUGAUUGAUCCUGGUGCUACUCAUUCAUUCAUAUCUUCUGCAUUCUCACGUGGGUUGCCUGUGCACUCUGAAAUGUUGAACAAGAAUGUAUUAGUUCAAACCCCAGUAGGAGAUACCGUAGUGAUUGAAUAUGCCUAUCCUGAUGCCCCAAUAAGUAUAGCUGGAACUAUUCUGCCAGCUAACUUAUUGAGGUUAAUGUUGACUGAAUUUGAUAUGAUUCUAGGAAUGGAUUGGUUAAGCCAACAUAAAGCCAUAAUGAACUGUUAUACCAAGGAAGUAAUUUUCGAAAGACCAGAUGGUCAGAAUGUGAUUUUUCGAGGGACUAGACAGGUGGUGCCUAGUUGCCUAGUCUCGGCCACCAAGGUGGUGAGUUUGAUGAAGGAAGGUUGUGAAGUGUAUCUGGCUUAUGUGACUGAGGGCAAAUCGGAAUUGAAACCUGAAAAUGUUCCGGUUGUGAAGGAGUUCCUCGAUGUGUUCCCUUCGGAACUGCCAGGAUUACCUCCGGAAAGGGAAAUAGAUUUCACUAUCGAACUUAUACCGGGCAGUGCUCCGAUCUCUGUAUCUCCGUACCGGAUGUCUCCGUUAGAACUGAAAGAACUGAAGGAGCAACUUCAAGAGUUGCUAGAUAAGGGGUUUAUUAGACCUAGUGUCUCCCCUUGGGGCGCUCAGGUAUUAUUUGUGAAGAAGAAGGAUGGAACUUUUCGUCUGUGUAUUGACUACCGGAAGCUCAACAUGUGGGCGAGAGAACUUAAAUCCUGCAAAGGUUUUUAUGUAAGUUAUUAACAAGCCGAUUUAAAGAGGGAUAAAAAAAGGUUGUGGUGCUUACCAAGGUUGGAGUAGUGCCACUGGUGGUGGUUUGGAUUUCUGGCAUUGCGGAGGGAUAGAAUGUAGCUCGCUCGAUCCCGGACACAUUGAUAGUGGAUGGUCCAAUGUUAGACCCUUGUAAAGCACCUUGGGUAUCGUGGUACUCGGCAGGGAGUUGAUAGUCUUUGCCAUUGAGGGUACCCCCGAUAUGCUUGUUGCUGAAGCCACCCUCCAAUUCAUUAAGGAGGUUGUUCUCCAAGAUAGCUAGGUUGGAUAAGUUGGCUUGAUGGCUUGAGGAGAACAAGUUGGAAGUCGGAACGUGGAAGGGUGCACCUUUUGAUGGCAAGGGAGUAGUAAAGGCGCGAAGCUUGUAUGUAGGAAUCCCAAAGCCAAGAGGUCCGAAUAAUGAAGAGUUAGAUACAAUCGUGGGGUUGAUCAAACCUGAAGGGGGCUCACUUGCCACUGCCAAGCGGGACGAUGAAAGGUUUGAUUCCUUCAUCUGGAUUGGAAUUAACGUAACUUGCUCUAAAAAAACCAUAAAAACAUCAAAUAUCCUUGUUCGAACAUUGUUUGGAGAGGUGUGAACCGUGUAAUUGAUCGUUGUUCAAGAAGUCAAAUGUGC